UUUGCUUUUCUAUUCAGAAAAAAGUUCUCUUCUUUAUUUUCUUAACCCUCUCGACCUUCUCCUAAACAUUUUCACGAAAUUUGAAAUUUAUUCCCAAAUUGUUCAUGUUUAUGGUUUUGGAAGGUUGAAACAGGGAAAAAUCCAUAUAAAUCUAUAAAAAUGGCAUACAAGGUGGAUCAUGAAUAUGAUUAUCUGUUCAAGAUUGUAUUAAUUGGAGAUUCAGGUGUUGGUAAAUCCAAUAUUCUUUCUAGGUUUACAAGAAAUGAAUUUUGUUUAGAAUCCAAAUCUACCAUUGGUGUCGAAUUCGCAACAAGAACUAUUCAGGUAGAAGGGAAAGUAAUAAAAGCACAAAUAUGGGACACAGCCGGUCAAGAAAGGUACCGAGCCAUAACAAGCGCUUAUUACCGAGGGGCAGUCGGUGCACUUUUAGUUUACGACAUAACCAAGAGACAAACCUUCGAAAAUGUCCAACGAUGGCUUCGUGAACUACGAGACCAUGCAGAUUCCAACAUUGUAAUCAUGAUGGCCGGAAAUAAAACCGAUCUCAAUCAUCUCCGAGCAGUUUCCGCGGCCGAUGCUCAAAACUUAGCCGAAAGAGAAGGUCUAUCGUUUCUUGAAACAUCGGCAUUAGAAGCGCUUAAUGUUGAGAAGGCGUUUCAGUCGAUUUUGUUGGAUAUUUAUCAGAUUAUCAGCAGAAAAGCUUUAGCUGCUCAAGAAGCUGCGAGUUCGACGGGAAAUAUUCCUCAGGGAACUACGAUUAAUGUCGCGAAAUUUUCCGGUAAUAACAAAAAACAAACUUGUUGUACUGCUAAUUAGCGAGAUCGAUCUUGCUGAUUAGUGAAAAAGGAGGGUAACUUGCAUUCCAAGUAAAGAAUGUUUUGCGGUUACCAAACUAUCAUAUAUUUUUACAAAAAUGUUAUUGAUGUUCGAAUUCUUAUAUAUUAGUUAUCGAACUUUGAUUUUACGUA